AAUUUAACUGCUAAAAGGCUUAAAAAUCAAUUGUGGUCUUGUCUCAUAGCAAUACGUCCUUUUAUUUCCACUCUAAAACCCCCUUUUCACUGCUUUUGGAGCCAUGUUCGUAACUUAUUGUUGAUAUUCGAUAGCAAUAGGGACCAUGGGGAAGGACUCAAACAAAAGUGCCAUAACCAUCCAGAGGCGUCGCCACCGAGGGCUCGGUAAGAAUCCAAGGCCUAAGGUUCCAAAAGUGACUGACACUGGCUCAGAAUGGGCAUUCCAGUCGGAGGAGGACCCGGAAAUCGAGGAUUCAAAAUUAGUCGGUCCUCGUGUCAUCCAGCUGAUCAUGUCCUCAGAGAAGACGCUGUUUCUUGGCCUGAUCGCCUUCAGGAUAGUGAAUGCCUUAAUGAUUCAGACAUCCUUCGUGUCAGAUGAGUACUGGCAGUCACUGGAGGUUGCUCAUCAUUCCGUCUUCAAGUAUGGUUUCCUGACUUGGGAGUGGCGUACUGGACUUAGAAGCUACACCUAUCCUCUUAUCUUUACAUCCCUAUAUCAGACAUUAGCCAUGUUUCGUAUUGACCACCCAACACUUCUGGUCAAACUACCCAAACUACUGCAAGGUAUUCUUGCUGCUGUGGGCGAUCUCUACCUAUACAAGCUGUCUCGUCGCUUGGCUGAUCAGUCGACCGCCCAGUGGACACUCUGCUGUCAGCUGGCAUCCUGGUUCACUUUUUACUGUGCGACAAGGACACUCACUAACUCUAUCGAGACAGUCUUAACAACUGUGGCGAUGUUUUAUUUUCCAUGGCCCGACAAAAAAAGAAAAUCUCAGUGGAUCUUCGUGCUGCUGGUUGUGAUCUGUGUUAUAUUCCGUUCCACUGCUGCUAUUAUCUGGGUGCCAAUGUGUCUCUGGCAUGUUUGGAUGCAGAAGAAGAUUCCUUUCAAAAUGCUCAAGCUCUACGGAGUCACAGGAUUGUUUCUGUUGCUGAUAUCGACCAUAAUUGACAAGUCCUUUUACGGGAAAUGGGUGAUCGUCCACUUGGAAUUCCUCAAGUUCAACUUCUUCUCCAACAUGGGUUCAUUCUAUGGAAGUCACCCUUGGCACUGGUACCUCACACAAGGAUUUGUGACCAUCAUGACGACACAUAUGCUUCCAUUCGUCCUGGGUUUAUGGUCGGCAAAAGACAAAACCAUGGUAUACAUUAUACUCUGGACAAUUUUCAUCUAUAGUUUAAAAAGCCACAAAGAGUUUCGCUUCCUGUUUCCACUGCUGCCGCUGGCUAUGCAUAUUUGUGGGCAAUGCCUCAAUUCUCUAUGCAAUGAUGUCGGCAAGAAGUUUCUCAGUGCCAAAGCCAUCAUGAUUGGUAUAAUUGUGACGAAUCUCCCUGCAGCGUUGUACUUCAGCCUCCUUCAUCAGCGUGGUACGCUUGAUGUGAUGGCAUAUUUACAACAGGUCGUCCAUGAUAAGAUGCAGACUCCACUUGAUAUACUCUAUCUGAUGCCGUGCCAUUCAACACCAUAUUACAGUCAUAUCCAUAAAAAUGUGAGCAUGCGCUUCUUGACGUGUGAACCAAACCUGAGCAAUAUGAACAACUACACAGACGAAGCAGAUGUCUUCUACAGGGACCCCGUCCAAUGGUUGGAGAGCGAAUAUCAUGAAAAUAUCACCCUCCCAUCCCAUCUUGUCAUGUAUAAUAUUUUAGUGCCAAAAAUAAACAGUUUUAUUCGAAAGCACAACUAUCAUGAAUGUGCUAGGUUUUUUCAUGCGCAUUUACUACUUGAAAGUAGAAUCGGCAGCCAUGUUGUUGUUCAGUGUAGAUAACCAAGGGUGCUUUUACAGGUGAUCUGUAAUCAAAUUGUGAAAGUCAUUCAGAUAUUUUGAUUAGGUUCAGUGGGAAUAACACCUGGGGCCAGCGCAAAGUGUAUAUUCUCAGAUUUGUGUAUCAUUAGUACAUUAGCGUGGACAAUUAUUACACUCUCAAACAUCUGAAACAGAAAUCUACUAAAACACUUUUGAAAUAUGUGGAUGUCCGCUGGAGCGUGGACGUCAUUCUGACAUCAUUCCGUGAAUGUCAAGUUGAUAUCUUGCAAGAAUGAUGUCCAUGAAAUGAUAUUAGAAUUUUGCCUUUGUACAUGUACUCCUCCUUCAGCUCUGUCAAUUCUGUUUGUUACAAACUUUGGAAAAAAAAACCCAGAUCCCCAGCAUGGUUGUUAAAACUGAGUCAUGUUGCUUACACCAAGCUAGUGACUAUUAGAAACUCAUUGUGACAAACUCAGCAAAGCGAAUUAGUGAUGGAAGUAAUAACAUUAUGUAUGUUGCUAUUUUGAGAAUAAGGUGUCAUAUUUCUGGUGUAGCAACAGCAUGAUUGAUGUAACAAUGGUGACAUAAGGAACAUGUACAUGUAACACCUGAAUUUGUUUCGUUUAUUUUUGUUUUAUCUUAUUAUCAGCACCUUGCCACCACACGCUCCGGCUGCCCGCUUUAUCAUAAAACUGCUUAGUCAAGUGUCAUAACACGAGUUCAAGGGCGUGGGGUGGUUGUCUUUGGAAACCAUGUCAAUACAUAUAAAGUUGUGAUUACGUAACAAUGUAGAAAGUACAUUAGGAUAGUUUGAUAAGGAUCGAUAAUUUCCACGAAGGACCCCCCUCUGGAAGUGAGAAACAAGUAGAAGUAACACUCUUUGGAAUUGUGUCAGGUUUUUGCGGCAUCGCAUGGUAUUCAAUAAUUCAAAAAGGGCCUGCACUUUUUUAUGAUUCAGAAUUUACAUGUCCUUAUAUCAUGUAACAUUGUUUUAUCGUCGGAGGCAAGAAUAUCAAGAUGUCCAAAUUUGCUUCUUACUUGACUGGUUUAUUUCAGAAAGUUUAUUUACUGGAUACAUGAUAAUUUAUUGCAGUGUAACUUGCUGAUCAAAAAUAAAU